CGGAGAGCCACCGGAGCUCGAGUCCGACAGAACGACCAGCUUUCCGCUGACUGUGCGUCGGUAGGACUGCGCGGACCUUCCUGCAGGUUGGAACAGGUAAAACCCACCUGCGGGCCACGCCCUCCGCCGCGCACAGGUAACGUCGAGCAGGAAGUGGCUGUCAACGCCGAGGCUGCUGCUCAAAGUCACCGAAAUGUUCGCGUUUUUCUGACUUCGACUUAAAAAAAAUUAUUAUUAGAAAUAUCUUACAUUUAGAAGAUGACGUGUUUCUGUGGAACCCGCGCGCUCCUGGUGUUGUUGUUUCUGUCAUCUUUGAGCUCCACAGAGUCCUUGCAGACAGUGGUGCCACCAUGCAGUGGCUGUACUGUGACUGUUUCCACCACCCUGACUCUGGAUGAGUGUUCUGUCUGCACGGUCAGUGGGGUGAAUGACACCCAGACAUCCUGCAGCUCCUCAGUAACCCUGGUACCUGUACAGGAGGUUAAACUUCUGUUUAAGUGCUCUCAGCCCAUCGAACAGUCUUUCACCGUGACUGUUGACAGCUCUGUUGAAUGCACCGGAGGUACCUGCAACCCAUCGACGGUAGAAGCCCCGGCAUUCAUUCUGCAGCAGUUUUCCAGAACCUUUACUUGGGAAGUAAAGGCACCUGAAAAGACACUUGUGAAACUCAACGUUCUCGGAGAAGGACUGAUUGAGACAUCACAACCGUGCCCCGAUGGCCUGCGUUAUACAGUGGCCACAUCAAAAACCAACAUUAAGAACUGGACCCAUUAUUGUCGUGGUGGCACUGAGAAUGUUUUAAAGCUGCUCAAUCAAGCCGUUGUGUCUUUAGAAGCACAACCGAAGACGAAGGUACAACUUGUGUUGUUUCAAGCCACCGCUGAAGCUUUUGUUCGACCAAAAAUGGUCGUAACCAUUGGCCCCAGUUCCACUGUGGUCCUGAGCCGCGACCAGGGGGAGCCAGAAUGUGACGUGUGCGUCUAUGGUGGUCCCGCUCCUGACUGCAGCUCAUCAGAAAAGACCCUGAAGAGUCCUGGCAAUCUGGAAGUGGACUUUGGCUGCCUGAACCCCCAGGAGGUGUUCACCAUGAAGAUGACAACAAAAAUAGCAUGCACGACAAGCUCCUGCACUCCAGCCGUAGCUAAUGUUGAUCCCACCCUCUUCAAGGACUUCAAAAGAACCCUGAUGUGGGACAUUAGUGUCCCAGAAAGGACCGUUUUAUCUUUGGACUUUGGACCUAGUUAUGGACUAAAGGACAUUUCCACCACAGACAAUUGCCAGGAUGGUUAUAAGUACACUGUGAGUACAUCUAGGUUUGAUGGAACCAUCCAAACUAACAGUUACUGCAAAGAUGGGAAGGUGUCUCAACUAGAACUGCUUGGAGCAACAACUGUAACACUUGAGUUACCCACAGGAGGAGAUCUGGACCGGACUGUGUUCAAUGUAAACACAACUCCAAGACGUGGCAGACAAGAGUCUGUGACCUCUGACCCCAACACCAUGAUCUUCAUCAGCAGGGUGGCCCAAGAGCCAGACUGUAGCGUGUGUGUAAACGAGGGUUCUGGUCAAAACUGUAACCCACAGUCCCUUAGCCUGACUGACCCUUCCAACACCAUCGUAGAGUUCACGUGUCCACUGCCUCAAGACGUCUUCAGUGUGGAGAUAAACAGGCAAAUUGACUGCACAAAGUCGUCCUGUGUAGGUGACACUGUUCACGCUGAAUCCACAUUCUUUCCUGACUUCAAUCGGACUUUCACUUGGGAUCUGAAAGUUAACUCCCCUAAGACUUUCCAGCUGGACUUUCCAGAGCCGGGAAUGCGACAAGUCCAAAAAGAAGAAUUGUGUCCGGAUGGCCACACGUACUCCCUUAUUGCCUAUCCGCGCACCGGGUUUGCAGAUAUUGGUACCUUUUGCCAAGGAGGCCCUGUGAACACAGUACAGGUUCGUUACAAGGGCCGCAUGUCCUUGAGGGUGCCUGGGAAUGCUAAACUGGGUCCUGCCAACUUUAAACUGGAUGUUGGACCUGAGACCAGAAUGCUGGCCAUCAUGAAGGUCAGUCUACCUCGAGGUGUAUCGGAUACAGACUUCAGCACACCCUACUUCCCCAGGAAGUUCCCCGAUCUUCAGCAGAUGCAGUGGGAUUUCACAGUACCCGGCAUGCACAACUACACCAUCCUCUUUCAUAACUACACAGUCCCUGAAUGCCUGACGGGCGAUGUGGCGGUGGAGUAUCAGAAAGGGGAGUCAAAGGUGACUACACUGACUCUGACGGAUCCCCAGCCUCAGCAUCAGCAGGGGGACUUCAGCAUGGUGCUGAAGAACUGCGAAACCAACACAACGCUCCAAGGGCUCAGCUUGAGCUACAGAGUCUCUGUGAUGAGAAGUGGUCAUCCAGUUCUCUGUACAGUGGAUUUAACCAAACAACAAGGCGUGUCCCUGCAGAUUGAGAAAGUAGGUUCGGACCCGUAUUGUGAGAUCAGCUUAAACUCUGAGGUCAAAGAAAAGAUGAAUGUAUUAGAAAGAACCACAGCCCGUCUCUCCUUCCUGGACUGUACAAAGGAUGACCUUCGUCUGACUGCUAGACAAGUUUUUGACUGCCCAAAUGCUGCAUCGUGCCCUCCAUUUUCUCUAACCAUUCCCUCUUUGGACUCCUGCCUCCCGAUGCCACUCAGUAGCUUCACUUGGCUCCUCAGAAUCCCCAGCGACCAAUCGCUGGACCUGGUAUCUCCAUCUGGGAGUCUUCAGCAGGCCCUCCCGGGACAGGAGUGCCAGAAGGAUUUUUUGUUAAACGUGGCUGAGGCUGAUGGGUAUUCUGUUGGAGAUUUCUGCCUCAAUGGCAACAUUCAGAAAGUUCAAGUGCACGCCAAUAUCACCGUCACAGCUACGACACCAGACUUCAGCAAGGUCAGAGAGCCGUUUCUCAAUGUCAGCAUUGGUCCAGAGAUCUCAGAAACCUUCAUCUACAGCAUUGACCCGACUAUGACCAUUCUCACCCUACUGGCCACCCCUAACUGGCCUCAGGGCAUGAGACCUUUCUCCACCGCAUCCUGGAUAGUCUCUCUCCCAAGUCAGUACAGCGCAGACAUUCAGUUUGCCAACCUCAGCCAGCCCAUAUGUGCUGAAAAACACACCCAAAUCAAGGUGAAGAACCUGGACCAGAAGGCAGAGCUGAUGAGCCGGCGGGAGGACGAGAAGAUAGAAAACUUAAUGGCACAGCAGAGUUUCCAGCUGGAUAUGUCCAACUGUAAACCAAAAACGGGAGACUUUGGUGCUAUGACCAAAAUUGUUCUUCAGAAAAAGUCCAAUCUAUUGGCCAUUCUUCUUGGUUUAGCAGGAGUUCUUCUGCUUUUGAUCUUAUUGCUAGCUGCUGUCUGUGUUAUAGCAAGGAAAAAGAAACAGAGACGGAAAGAGUCAUCCAUCUAUACGACCAACAACAUCUUCCGCCCAAGUGAUCGACACUUCACCAAACCUUCCCCUGACAACAACUCUUACGACUACAUAGAUGACAGCAUGGUCUACGGUCACAUGUUGACGGACACCAGCUACCCAGACCGCUCGCUAGACUUCCCAAAAGGCAAGCAGGCGGACACCUAUCAAACCUUUACAGGCCCCACCGAUGUACCACUGCCUAUCAUUAAUGAACCAGAAUCUGAGCCUGAGAUGGACAUGUACACACCGUUCCUUGACACCUCUGAGUCUUUCAUCCCGUCCCGCCCACGCACUCCCAUCAACCGGCAGGAAAGCCUCGGCUUCCAGGACAGCAGGAUGACGGAUAAUCAGUUUUGCACGUUCAAAAGCACAGGUGAUAUCAACACCAUCCAGCUCUCUGGUGAGGAUCUGAAACCACAACCGCCAAAAAGCAAGGAUUACUUAUAAUCUGUCAUCUGUGGAAUGGAACGAUUUUACUAAAGACACAUUACAGCACAGUCGGUGGACCGCUGCGCCAUUCUCAGGGAAGCUGAGUCCCUUUUAAAGCAGAUUUUGUCUUUGAACACAUUUUUAGAUAAAAGCUGUGAGCCUCGUUUUUCCAUGAGAACGUGAGAAAUGGACUUAUUCUUGCUGGGAGCUAAAUGGUUCAGGAAUUUGAAGCGGUUCUGGUUCAUGCAGCAGUUGUGGCCUUAAAAACAAAAUGUGAACGAGAGAAACAUUUUUUGCAAAUGAUUGAUCACAUGAAUAAUCAGACAUUUCUUAUGAGAAAGAAUGAAACAAAGGGUCAGUCAUAAACAAUUCAUGCAGAUUUUUAAAAUGUCUUUGUUACAAAGACGGCUUUGUUUGUCAUCUUUUGUCAAAAAUCGAACAAUUCUCUGUUUCACAAGAUCAUCGCCGCUUUUUUUUAAAGGCAGAAAAACGAUCGCAUAAUGUCUCAAAGAAGCUUCAAGCUUUAAAUUGAAAUAAUAAAUUAUUAAUAUUAUACUGAGCUUUAAGGAUGCUUGGAAAACAUUUCCUUUCAUUUACCUUUUUAUGUUUGCUGUAAUGGUUGAUAAUGUUUUUACUCCCAGCAAAAACCAGAAAAACAUCAAAUUUUAGAUUUAUUUCAGUUUCUGGCUUUAAGAGCUGGAACUUGGGCGAACAUUUUUUAAUGUUUUUAUACUGGACACUAGUGUUUUGAAUAUGUUUUAAUUUUUUUGUCAUUAAAUGUAAAUACAGUUUAGUGUGUUCUCUUUUUUUCCCCAAAUAAAUUGACAAACUUGUUCCAAGGGGAAAAA